AUGGCGCCCUCAACUCCAAAUCUGCAAGGGUCCGGAUCCCCCGCCUCUAUCCCUUAUGGACCCUAUACUUCGUUUCCUUGGGAGCCGUUGCCCGAGUACGGUGGCUCCAAGUCGGUGAUCUACCGCUCGGAAGAUGGGAAAAUUGUGGCUGCCGCUGCUACAGAAUCCGGAACUGCCACUCUCACCUACCCGUGCGAUGAAUUUUUCUACGUGACUGCCGGAUGGGUAAAAAUGAAUGUGCAUGGUGGUGACCAUUUUGUUCUCAAUGCGGGGCAAUUCAUCUACUUGAAAAAGGGUACAACGGUGGAUUUUGAAUUCGGGCCGGAGUUUGCAAAUGUCGCUGUUUUUAUAGACAGCAACCGUGUGGACCUGUUGUAA